UGGACCCUAGAGUCCAAACUUCAGCAAGCAGUUGAGUUGCUGGAACCGCGUGGAAAUGCCGCGUCGUGGCGCGGCCGCCAAAGCGGGCCUGCCUGCCGGAGUCCGGGCGCUGGCGAUGGGGGUGAUGGGGGCGGUGCUAGCCCUAGUGGUUGUGCUGCUGCUUCGGACCGCCAGUUUCCCGGGUCCAGAAGAGCUGCGAGGCUGGGGACGCACGGAAGCAUCUAGGAUCCCUGCAAAGUUCACCAAAGCCGAACUGACAGCAAUGAAAGAGGCGUUGAAAGAAGCAAUUCAGAUACCCACAGUGGCUUUCACCUCUGACAAUAUCAACACCACAGCCCUGCUUGAGUUUGGAGAACACCUUCGGAAAGUCUUCCCUUCCAUGUUCUCCACUAGCUUCAUCCAGCAUGAAAUUGUGGGAGAAUACAGCCACCUGUUCACCAUCCGUGGAUCAGAUCCCAAGUUGGAGCCCUACAUGCUACUUGCUCACAUUGAUGUUGUGCCUGCUUCUGAUGAUGGCUGGGAGGUGCCACCCUUCUCUGGACUGGAGCGUGAUGGCUUCAUCUAUGGCCGGGGCACACUGGACAACAAGAACUCUGUUAUGGCAAUCCUGCAGGCCAUGGAACUGCUGCUGAGAAGAAACUAUGUCCCUCAAAGGUCUUUCUACAUCUCCCUGGGACAUGAUGAAGAGGUAUCUGGGAAACAUGGAGCAGAGAGGAUUGCAGCCCUACUGGAGUCACGCGGUAUCCGGCUGUCCUUUAUCAUAGACGAAGGAGGCUAUAUCCUAGAUGGUUUUUUGUCUGGCAUAGAAAAACCCUUUGCAGUGAUUUCAGUGUCAGAGAAAGGUGGCAUGAACCUCAGGUUACAGGUAGAAUCUGCUCCAGGCCAUUCAUCGGCCCCACCAAAGGAGACAAGCAUUGGCAUCCUCGCAGCAGCCGUCAGCCGGCUGGAACAAACACCAAUGCCUAAUAUGUUUGGAUAUGGAACUGAGAAGAGUAUGUUAGAGCAGCUUGCAGGACAGUUUGGCUUCCCACUGAAUGUAAUCCUAACCAACCUGUGGAUAUUUGGACCCAUCGUGAGCAGAGUACUUGAGAAAAGUCCCAUCAGUAGUGCGAUGCUCCGAACCACUGCAGCACUCACCAUGUUCAAUGCAGGGAUCAAGACGAACGUUAUCCCCUCGACCGCCCAGGCAACAGUCAAUAUUCGGAUCCAUCCUGGCCAGACCAUCUCUGAGGUGCUAGAGAUUAUCCGGAAUAUUGUGGCUGAUGACCGAGUCCAGUAUGAAGUGCUCAAUGCCUUUAACCCCCUCCCCCUAAGCCCCUAUGACCAUGAGGCCUUUGGCUACCAGCUUCUCAGAAGGACCAUAAAAGAUGUCUUCCCGGAGGUCUCUGUUGUUGUCCCAGGAAUUUGUAUUGGCAACACUGAUGUCCGACACUACGCUAACAUCUCCACAGGCCUCUAUCGACUUAACCCUGUCUCUCUCUCUGAAGAGAGCUUCAAGAGUUUUCAUGGCUUAAAUGAAAGGAUCUCCAUCCAAGCCUAUGAGAACCAGGUGACAUUUCUGUUUGAAUUGAUCCAGAAUGCAGAUACUGAGAAGGUUCCCAAACCUCAUUCUGCUGUACAUGAGCUGUGAGAGGAUGGUGAUGAUCUCUACUGUCUGCCCUGGCAUAAGCCCUCCUCCAAAGUGGACAGUCUCAGGACAGGGGUGGGGGCAAUACACAUUAUUUUGCUGGAGACUUUUGGAAUAAUCCAUGAAGCCCACCCUCUUGCCUCAACUCCAGACUUGUCCAUAAGCAGGGGUUCAUUGAUGGGGGUGGAGGCGGUGUAGGGGGAAAAAUAUAGGAAGCUUUAGCCUCAUCCCCAAGAUCUCUUUGCUCAUGCCCUACUACCAUGGAACAUGCCUCUCCCAGGUCCCAUUGCUAACUUUCAGGCCUGGGGCAUCAGGCUCAUAAUCAAUUUAUUUUCCUACUGAAGAUUUUCAUUUCUGGGCAUUAUCACUUAACCCUCUGUACACAACUACUUCUAUUACAUCCUUUCCUCUGUUGUUCUAACCCUAGGAUCCCCACUUCCCGGACCUCUCGUAUACUUUCUUCCCUCUCUUGUUUGCUUCUCUCUCCAUCCCUUUCCCUCUUCUUCUCCCUCUUGUGAAGUUAGGAACCAAAAUAUGAAACAAGCCUAAAUAAUGUGAGAGAAAAUAAAGUGACCAGUACCCAGAGCUCAGUCCCUGCUGAUGAGGGCUCUGCCUCUGGUUAUGUACUGGAGAAACAAAG